ACUAUUGCAGCGGACCGUCUACGUCCGUACAGACGCUGCAGCACCGCAUCAGUUUGUCUUUCGAGUUUGGAGUACUAUUGCGAAUAAAACGAAUUACGAAAUCAGCAUUCGCCGCGUGCGCGCGUAAACUCGUAACCGCGGUAUAUAUAGUACCUGUACGCGCGGUAUCACCGACGACGAAACCGCGGUUACUGCGGUCAAUUACAAUUACUCCGGCGAAGACGCACAUUAUUCUCCAUCUAUCAUAAUCAUUAUCGUUUUUUUUUUAUUUAAAAUAUUAUAACGUCGAUUAUUGUACAUACACCGUGGAUGUCGUUGCUGUGACGUGGACGAAAAGCUGAAUCGCGUGCUUCCUGCAGCAGAAAACUGCCAUCUUACACUCAAAAACGAGGAGGUUUGCUGAUGAUUAGGAGAACUGUUGAUGACGACGAGGACUGCUGACGACGACGAGGACUAUUGACGGCGACGAGGGCUGCUGACGGCGACGAAGGCAGUUGACUACAAAGAUGGCGGCCGAGGAAAACGGUCUGCUGUACAACAAGGCCCGGUCGGCGUCCAUAUGCGCGUUCGGUUUCCCACCUGGCAGCACCGAAUACCUGUUGGCAUGUGCCAAGGCGGCAGCGUCCACGCCUCCGCCUCACAGGCAUGUAGGCGGCGCGGCCGCCAUAGCGGCCGCCGAGGACAACAAGCGACGUCGACCGGCCGUUCGGUCGCAGAGUGCUCGGACCAGCGGUGGCCGGUCGAUCCGGAAAAAGGCACUGGUGGCCGCGGCGGUGGGAGCCCAACACGGUCAGCAUCUCAGCGACAGCAGGUCGAGCGUCCGCAGUGGUUACAGCGACCCAAGGCUGCAUGAGUCUUCGCCCCAAGACGGAAUGGCGUUCAAACGGAAACCAUCUUCCAGGAAAGUCAACUCGAACCACAGGAAAUCCGGAGCAUUCUUAGACGUGCCGCCGGGCGAAAACAAAAAGCUCGCGGAACCCGAAGAUCCCGAAAACUCGUACAGGCUUAGGUCGUUUAGUUUUACGUCGAAAGGUAUUGUGAACAGAGGAGAUUCAUUUCGGAAACGCCGGUCGAGGAGCAACAGCCUGGCCCGAGAAGACGACCCCAAGGAAUGCACGCCCCCAAUCCCGUACGACAAUAAUAACCAGCAGGUGCAACAACAACAGCAGUUUCAGCAUCAGCAGGAGCAACAACACCGGAAAAACGAAUGCGGGGACGACAUAACUUCGCACACGGUGUCACUGAUGGGAUCAAGAGGAGUGGGCAAGACCACUCUCAUAAGUCAGUUUAUGACUUCAGAAUACAUCAACGCCUAUGAGAGGCAAAGAGACAACUAUGAGUCGUCAGUGCAGUCGGUGUGCAUAAUGUUGAACGGUGAAGAAUCUGAAUUGAGGUUUAUCAAUGACGGAGAAGUUUCGACUAAGGAAGACCGAGUGGCCGGGAGCAAACCCGCAGAUGCGUACCUGGUGAUCUUCUCGGUGGUGGACAAAAACAGUUUCGAAACUGCUGAGACGAUUCUGAAGAACCUCCGUGAACACGAAAUGUUACGAUCGAGACCAGCCAUAUUGGUCGGCAACAAAGUCGACAUGGCCAGGAGCAGAGAAGUUACGGCUCAAGAGGGUAGAUACUUGGCGUGCACGUGUAGAGCCAAGUAUAUUGAAGUGUCGGUGGGCAUCAAUCACAACGUCGACGAGCUGCUGGUGGGCAUCCUCACGCAGAUCAGACUCAAACGGGCUGACAGUGGUGAGGGACACGACCAUUGGUACAAAAACCGAAACUUUAUAAAAGCCAGCCUCAAAGCCAGACAGAUGUUCACGUGGGUGUUUGGCAAGGAGGACACGAAAACGAAAAACUGUGAAAAUCUCCAAGUCCUCUAGUCGGCAUGUCAACAACAUUAUAAUAUUAGAAGAAUAAUAUGCAUAAUAUUUAUAUUGUAGGUAUUAUCUGGUAUACUAUCAUAUAAUUUUUUAAUUCAGGGUUUUGUUUUUUUUUUUUUAAACUAUUUUAUACAUAUUAUUAUAUUAUUUCGUGUAGAUAGGUUCGCUACGAUGAGUGGGAUCAUAUAUUAUAAAAUAUUUUACUAUCACUGUUGUUUUUGUUAGGAAUAAUUUAGUAUUUUUAAUGAUAUUCUUUAAAUUGAUAUUUUCAUUAUUUGUACCGCCAAUAAAAAACAUAUUUUUUAGUAAUUCACAAUAAUAUGAACACACAUGCGAUAUGGACUACAUAGGCAAUUAUAUGUAUACCACAAGAUGUCUUUAUGCGUUAGUCCUUCUAAACUUCAUCGUAUACUAUACCGUCCGUCUACUAUAUUAUUAUCGUGUAAUAUUAUAUAUAAUGUUUAUUAUAUAUAUUUACCUUAGGGUCAUCCACAUUUUGCGUUAGAAAACAGGCGGAGAUAUGGGUUUAUUCAAAAUGUAAUCCCCACUAAUUUUGGAUUAAUGUGCCAUGUGCGGACGAUGGAUGGAGCUAUAGCCAACGAGGAAGUAUUAAAAUGUCUAAUAAAAUAUAAUCGAUGGUUAAAACAUGAAACGGUCGGUUUCUUUAGAAUUUUUAAAAAUAAACAUAAAUUCUGUCCUCAAUAUACCUACUGAUUCUUAAUACUCUAGAAUAUCGAAAUAAGUAUAUAUAUACUUAAAUUAAUAAUGAUUACUUUUUCAAAAGAACUUUUUUAUUAUUCCAAAAUAAUCGAUAAACAACA